CCUCAACGUCCCGCCCCCGGCUCUACGCCCCGCCCCUGGCGACGCGGAGAGCGGAGUCAAGAUGGCGGCCGAGUUGGAGUAUGAAUCUGUGCUGUGUGUAAAGCCGGACGUCAGCGUCUACCGGAUUCCACCCCGGGCCUCCAACCGCGGUUACAGGGCAUCUGACUGGAAAUUAGACCAACCUGAUUGGACCGGUCGUCUCCGAAUUACUUCAAAAGGAAAGACUGCCUAUAUCAAACUCGAAGAUAAAGUUUCAGGAGAGCUCUUUGCUCAGGCACCAGUAGAACAAUAUCCUGGUAUUGCUGUGGAGACAGUGACAGAUUCUAGCCGCUACUUUGUAAUUCGGAUCCAGGAUGGUACUGGUCGAAGUGCGUUCAUUGGCAUUGGAUUCACAGAUCGGGGAGAUGCCUUUGACUUUAAUGUUUCCUUGCAAGAUCACUUCAAGUGGGUAAAGCAGGAAUCUGAGAUUUCCAAAGAAUCUCAGGAAAUGGAUACUCGUCCCAAGUUGGAUCUAGGCUUCAAGGAAGGACAGACCAUCAAGUUGAGUAUUGGGAACAUUACAACCAAGAAAGGAGCUGCUUCUAAGCCCAGGACUACAGGAGCUGGGGGCCUAAGUUUACUUCCUCCUCCCCCUGGAGGCAAAGUCACUAUUCCCCCACCAUCUUCCUCAGUUGCCAUCAGUAAUCAUGUCACUCCACCACCCAUUCCAAAAUCUAACCAUGGAGGUAGUAAUUCAGAUAUCCUUUUAGAUUUGGAUUCUCCUAUACCUGUCACAACAACAGCACCAGCUCCAGUUUCUGCAAGCAAUGACUUGUGGGGAGACUUUAGUACUGCAUCCAGCUCAGUUCCAAACCAGGCACCACAGCCAUCCAACUGGGUCCAGUUUUGAAUAGCAUUGCAAGACAGUAAGGACAGACUUGAAGAAUAAAAAUGACGUUGAGGGCACCAAUCUGUGAGGGAGGUUAGGAACCCCUUCCCUCCCCCAAACCAAAAUUAAUGGACAAUCUUCUUCAUAGCUUUUCCAUUAUAUUCAAGUUGAUUUAUGUCACUCUUCUAUGUCAUUACUUGCUAUACAGCCAAGAGAGUAUCUGUUAUUUCCUGGUGAUUACCAAUGCAGGAGAACAGUAGAUCUUAACUAUACUUGUGGCUGGCUAUGCAGGGUUCAAAAGACCAGUGUCUUUUUGAGGGGAAAUGACCUUUAAUCUGUAAAAUUUUUCUCCAUCUUUUAAAAUUCUUGAACUUAUUUUAGAAUCAUCUCAUGAUCCUUGUGUGCCUCUUUGUGAAACCCUAUUUUACAAUUUCAGGGGAGACAAAGCCUUGAAACUUUCUUUUCCACUAACCCAAGACUCUAAAAAUGGCCAGGCUGACCUCAGUAUUUACAGAUUCAGAAUUUUGAUAAGGGUAUGUUUGGAGAAAGAUGGGUAUCUUGGGUCUCUUCUGUAUAGCCUCCAGGCUUGUCCUAUUCAAUGAACGUCCAGCGCUAGGUGCAGCUCCAUCGCCCUCUUGUGUGUUUACAUGUCUUUUCCUAUGAUAAGAGGGUUGUAUUGGUGGCAUCGCUACUGUUGUGUUUAUUGAAUAGUGCAACAUCUUUGACAUCUUUGGAUGUUUCUGGGAUGGAGGAAGUUCAAGAGGCUGUGCUUUCCAAGUUAUAUUCCAUAGAAGUUUUUGAUUUCUUGCAGCUCCACCUCAUUGCUGCAUUUGAAGCACAGCAUUAAUUUAUGUUCACCCCUUUAUUUGACCUAAUUUGAAGAGUUGUGUUUUUAACCUGAUCUGUAGAGCAGAGAGGUUGAAAGCACUUAAGUCUUAUUCAGUACCCACAUUGCCUUGCUGCCUGGGUAUCUGACCCCUUUCCAUAAGCAUUUUUUUUUUUUUUUCAAUCCAUCUGGCUCUUCAAUAGAAAGCUGCUAUUACAUAUAUUGUCACUUAUGAAGGAUGUUAGAGAGUCACAGCUUUAUUGUGACAGGUUUUGUCUUGGACUUUGAUACCCACUAGCUAGGGUAUCUUACAAGCAAGUUGCUCUCCCUUCACUUUCCUUUCCCUCUGCCCUGCCAUUCCUUUUACAAUGCUGUGAAGACAGUUCACCUCCUCAGAUGAAUGGGCACUACCUAUUUUGUUUGUUAAAGGGCAAUUUUGAGAAUUAGAUGGGAGGAUGUAAUUACUUCCCUUAGCACCUGUUUGGAGAUUUACAUUCUGGCUGAAGGGGGAUCCUUAUAUUUAGUUUGAAAAUAUAUUGUUUCUCCUGGAUUCCAUUCUUAACUCUUUCUAACUUUGGGUCCAUAAUUUUCAUUGCUUCCCCUUCCAGGCAGCUCUAUUCUUGCAGAGCCAUGGCAGGACAUUUUAAAAUUCCAAUAGAAAACACUAAAAAGAAAGUCUGUAGAAUCACUAGUGACUAACUAUUGGGAACCUAUUUUCUCAAUCUUCCUCCAUGUUGUGUUCUUUGUAUUCUCAAGAUGAUAAUAUAUUAUGUAUUUGAAUUGCUGAAAAAUUGAAAAUGAAGUUUAAGAUAUAUGUAUAUAAAGCGUAUGCUGUAUUGGUGCAAUAAUGGUAAUUAAAAAUAUGGAAAAUGA